CUCGAGUGCCAUGUCACUGCUGCUCACACCGCCACCGCGCUCAGGUCCAGUCGAGCUCUCUCAUCGCAAAAGCAUCUCCUCUUUACCGAAGCGCGUUGACACCAACGAUGUUCAAGUAGGCUACCCUCAAAAGCGCAGCCGCUCUACUGUAUUCCCCGGAAGAAAGGAUGCGGAAAGGAUGAAACAAGACAGAGCAGCUCUGUAGUAGCCUUCUGCGCAGCAAUUUCAAUCCGGAUUUAGUGAAAUCCUCAACCAAUUAACAGUCUUUACCAGAGCUCUGUUGUAAUCUGCUUCUCAACACACCCCGUCGUUCCAAUCAGGUUUCACAGGUUUAUUAUUCACCCUGCAGCGAGGACAGACACUCUGGACAGGACAGAGCUGAGCAGAGGCUGAGGAGUUUGGAGCUGCCCUAAACUGAGACAAAUGACACAUUUCAUUCAGCCUUGCUCUAAAGUGGUUUGUUUCCUCUACGGUUGAAUUUGAAAGGACAUUCUUAGUUGUAUCUUCCACCUUCUACACAGCAGGAAAUGGUGCAUAUGACAACUGUAUUUAUACAGUAACCUAAUAAUAGUUUGGGGAUAUCACUUUUCGAAUGCCAGCUCCGUCAUGAACAAAAAUGCAGGGCCGUACCAGCACAGCGGAGGCAGCCCGAGCAGCAACAGCGGGCGUGGUGCCGCGACUAUCCACUGUCUCCGCUGCCGGGAGCUCUGUAAGGGAGAGGUGGUGCGUGUGCAGAAUUUCCACUUCCACGUCAAGUGCUUCACCUGCCAAGUGUGUGGCUGUGACCUGGCUCGUUCAGGUUUCUUCCAGAAGGGAGGAGAGUACAUCUGUUCAGAGGACUACCAGCGCCUCUACGGUACCAAGUGUGACAGCUGUGGAGACUUCAUCACAGGGGAGGUGGUCUCGGCGCUGGGGCGUACCUACCAUCCCAAGUGUUUUGUCUGCAGCAUGUGCAGAAAGCCUUUCCCUAUCGGAGAUAGGGUGACCUUCUGUGGGAAGAAGUGUGUCUGUCAGCAGUGCUCUCAUUCGCUGGUCAGCAGCGAGCCGGUCAAGAUCCACGGACCCAGCCACUGUGCGGGUUGUAAGGAGGAGAUCAAACAUGGACAGUCCCUACUGGCCCUGGAUAAGCAGUGGCAUGUCAGCUGCUUCAAGUGUCAGACCUGUGACACUGUGCUGACCGGGGAGUACAUCAGCAAGGAUGGUAUUCCGUACUGUGAGACUGACUACCACGCUCAGUUUGGCAUCCAGUGUGCAACCUGUAUCAGAUACAUCAGUGGCAGAGUGCUUGAGGCAGGAGGAAAGCACUACCACCCCACCUGUGCCCGUUGUUCCCGCUGUCAGAUGAUGUUUACAGAAGGAGAGGAGAUGUACCUUACAGGUUCCGAGGUGUGGCAUCCCAUGUGUAAACAAGCAGCACGGCUGGAGAGGAAACUCAGGUUAAGACGUACCUCUGAGGCCUCCAUUUCCCCCCCUGGCUCCAGCAUCGGUUCCCCGAGCCGCGUCAUCUGUGCCAAAGUGGAAAACGAGGUCCUAAAUUACAAAGAUCUGGCCGCUCUGCCUAAGAUUAAAGCUAUUUAUGACGUGCAGAGGCCCGAUCUCAUUCCCUAUGAGUCUUAUCACAGAUACUCCUCUGAUGACAGGCUAGAACGCUACAGCUAUGGGGAGUCUCUGGGAACUCUCUCUCCAUACUCUCAGGACAUCUAUGACAGCAUGGAGCUGAGACAGAGGCGCUUGUCCAGCCCAGGCUUCAUAGACUCUCCCACCUACAGUCACCAUGGCAUGUCCCCCACCAUGUCCACCUCCCGCUCCCCACAACACUGCUACCGCCCAGGCACUGAGAGUGGCAGGAGCUCUCCCUAUUACAGUCAGCUUGAUGCCAGACCCACCACGCACACCGCCUACCAAGCCCCCAAGCAUUUCCAUGUGCCAGCCACAGGCGAGCCCAACAUCUACAGGAAACCUCCCAUCUAUAAGAGACAUGGUGAUUCUGACUACUCAGCCACGAAGAGUAAAACCAGCGAGGACAUCCUCCAGACCUCCCAGUUUCCCGACUCAUAUUCUCCUGACCACUACCACCAGCAGUCUAACUACUACCCCUACACCCCCUCUCCCAAAGCUACUCGUGCUCGGAGGUUUUCCUCGGGUGGAGAGGAGGAUGGAUGGAAUCAAAGUCUUAACAGGCUCCAAGGUGGUAUAGGCCGUAUGAUUCUGAAGGAGGAGAUGAAAGCUAGGUCGGGUUCCUAUGACAAUGACCCAUGGGGCAGCGCCCGAAACUCCCGUAGCGGCAGCAAAGAGGCCCUGCACAACGUGGGCUACAACAACACUGUCAACGGAUCUCCCACCAGAUCCCACUACAAUGCAGGCAGUGAUUCCUUCAUCGCCAAGUCAUCCUCGUUGCCUGGGUACGGCAGGAACGGACUGCACAGGCCCCAGAGUGCGGAUUAUUUCCAGUACGACAGCAGCAAUGUAGUGAACUGGGGAAUCAGAGAAUACAAGAUCUACCCAUAUGACGUGUUGGUAGUCACCGUAAGGGGGCGCAACCAGCCCCCCAAUGACGUGGACAGAGCCAGACUAGAGCGCCACCUGUCUCCUGAGGAGUUCUACCGGGUGUUUAGGAUGACUAUGGCUGACUUUGACCGGCUGGCACUGUGGAAGAGAAACGAGCUGAAGAAACAAGUCAGGUUGUUCUGAAAGGACUGGCGUGUAUAAGCUCAGUGUAGCAACCUGCUGGGCUUAAUGUUAGAGACGCCCAAGUCCUCACUGAGAGCCAUAACAACUAGUCUGGAUAGUCCGCCACACUGGCCAGAGACACAGCUGAACCCGAACUAGAACCAGCAUGGUUCUAGACAUAGACAUAUAAUGCAUUUUAAUUCUCCGGUUCUAUGGUUCCAUCACAUGCUCUGGGUCAUGGAAACCCAUCCCGUCUGAGUCUAUACAUCAAUAAUAUCUCUCUGGCGAAAGAGGACUAACAUACUACUACUCCUCCCAAGCUAUGUCUGUCCGUGGAAACCUACAUCUGCAGAGAGGUCUAGACCAUGCUAGUUCUGCCCAUGCUUUCAGUAUUUUCAGUUUUGUUUUAUUAUUAUGAGUUUUAACUAUAGUUUAUGGCUGUCGUGUCAUGAGGUUAUAGCAUCUUUGAAGCCUCUUCUAGGUUGCAGGUUUGGGAAGCUCUGAAACAUGGCCAAGCAGGAAAGAGAACACCAGCAAACUGUCCAAACAGAACGUGCUACCAGAUUUGCUUUCUUUACUCGAAAUACAUUGUUUCAUUCACCGCCUUUUUUUGUUUGUUUUUUAACAGUGAGACUAAAACUUUUAUUUCUUUAUAGAGCGAGGGUUCACCUCGGAGCGAAAGGCUAGAUUGAUAUAUUGUGGUAGCCUACAGUUGAAUUAAAUGAGUGGAUUAUAUUGAAUGUUUACUGAAAAGCCAAAGUAAUAUUAUUAUGUUAAGAAAUGAUGAUUUUCAUUAUUUUUGUAAAAUGCAUAAACAGACUGAAUGCAUGUUUCCAGAAAUGGUUCCCGUGUGAGUAUGAGACCAGGCUCUUGCCUUCGCACUGAACGUUCAUUGAUUUGCUAUACUAAAUUGAUGAAAGGGAUCUGAACAAUGUAAUGUACGUAUUGGAGUUCUGGAAUAUUUAGUACUCUCAAUUUCAAUUGAACCAAAGGACACGUCAUUUACAGUAAUGGAAUAUCAUGUUAUAAAUGGAUUAAAUGGAUAUUGGAUUGUAAUUUAGAGCUGGGAUUGUAUUUAGGAUAACAGCUGACCUGUGAGUGACUUGUCAUGGGGAGACAUGACCUGAUUCUAUCUCAACACAUAGAGAUGGAGAAAAUGAAUAGAGAUAGAAAUGAAUAACAUGGAAUCGGAACUGCUUCUAAAUAGAUAUUUAGAAAGUGGAUUGAAGGGAUUGGUGACCAGAGGUCUGGAUAACAGGUGAGGUAUGGAUCUGAAUUAGAUUACAACUCAAAGGGGUUGAACGGAAUCUUCCCUUAACAAUACAAUGUGAGGAAGGAAGGAAUCGGGGUGAGGGAAUUUUGUAGAUGUUGGAGUGGAAUUGAUUUGAUGGAAUUGUCCUGAUUGGUCUUUGUUGACGCCGGUCCCAAAUGAUAACCAGGGUUGCUGUGCUAAAGCUUACACUAUAGUGUACAUACAGUAGAACUAAGAAUUCUCCUGUUGGUUUUUGAAGAGGUGACUCAUAGUUAUCCAAUAGAUUAUCCAAUAUUGUUGGUACAUUAUAUACAUGAAAAACUGUCCCUUUUCGUUCUGUCCUGUUUCUUUUCCCGUUGUUUACCUUUUUAUUUUUGUCCCUUUUGUUAUCCUGUUGUUUCCCCAUUUUAUUUCUUUCCCUUGUUUUCCUGUUGUUUCCCCCUUCAUUUCUGUCCAUUUUGUUUUGCUAUUGUUUCCACUUUUAUUUCUGGCCCUAUUGUUUUCUUUCUUAGUAUAUACAUGCAAAACUGUCUCUUUUCUUUUCAAUUUGAUUUGAAUAGUCUGUUAUGAGGUUGUGUCAAAGGAAAUACUGCUUCUGAUUGUUAGUGUAUGGAGCACUGCCUUUAUCAGACUGUAAUAUUAGUCAUACUGACUAGCAGUCAUCUAGUAUAACUACUCUUACUGCCAUCUUUGUAAUGGCUGUUUGUUUUAUUGAUUUGUUUGUGUGUGUGUGUGUGUGUGUGUGUGUGUGUGUGUGUGUGUGUGUGUGUGUGUGUGUGUGUGUGUGUGUGUGUGUGUGUUUGUCACAAGAUAUCAUAGACAUUUACAAUACUAACAAUACUGUCAAUAAUGUACAAACAGUACUCAUAAUUUACAAUCUCAUCGACAUUAACUAUAAAAGCUUUGGGCGACUUUUACAUUGACGUUUUCGUUUUGUAACUGUACAAAGCAAUCUGCUUAUUAUUUAUUUCCCUGUCAGACCUACUGCCCAAUAAAUGAUGUAUAUAUCGUAUUUAAAUAAAUGCAGUUUACAUGUG